CAUUCUGCAAUCUAGCGUAACAAAGUAAUAUAAACAUAACGAGUUCAUUACAUCAAUAAACUUAUUGUAAACAGAAAAUCUAAACGUACACAUCUUUAUGUUUUUCACUGACUGUUAAAAUAGAAAACCAUUUGAAAGUGUUAAACGCCCUCUACAUUUGGUCGGCAUUCCGUUAAACCCUUCAGUUUGUGAAAUGGCAGUGUGAUGCAUUCUUAAGUUGAGUGAAGUGAAUUUCAUGGGGAUAGAUUGAUAGAAUUUCAAAAUAUAACAAAGUAAUAUGGUAAACUAUUAAAAACGCCAAUGUGUAAAACAAUUAAUUACGCUGUAUACAAUGCCAUCUAAUCCGUUUUUUAAAAUACGAGAGCUACAAUGAGACAAUACUUUCGCCUUUUAUUACUAUGUAGUUAACUAUUUUGGUUGACAAUGAGAUAUAGAAUCCUGAAAAUUGGAUUUUUUUUUAGUAUAGUCUGAUCGGAAUAAAAACAAAAUUGUAUUAAGAAGCAUUAUUGUGAACUGUACGUAAAUUGAUGUGAAAAUAUAAAAAAUGUUGUGACCAGUUUCUACAAUAAUGUCCGCAUAAUUUAUAUUUAUUAGAUAACCCCAUUUCAAAAAAUUUAAAUAAUACAUUUACUACUGUAUUAUACCGGUCGUUGAUACGUGAGCAGUUAAUGUUUAUAAUGCGUUAAAACAUAAAGUGUGAAAUGAAUUUUAGUUAUCAUUUAAGUAGGAAAAUAAAUAUUUAUUGAAGUUACAUACCAUUGAUAAUGGCACCAAAACGAGCUGAAGAAAUUCAUGUAAAAAGAGUAGCAGCUUUGGGUUGUAAGUUACCUGAUGAAUUACCAGAAGGAGAAAUAUUGACCGAUAUUACCCAAAAUAAAUGGAAACUAGGAAGAACAAUUGGAUAUGGCGGAUUUGGCGAUAUAUAUUUAGCAUCAAAAGAUAUUGAUGCUCCAGUAAGGCAGGAUGCAAAAUAUGUUAUAAAAAUUGAACCACAUAAUAAUGGUCCACUGUUUGUUGAAAUGAAUUUUUAUAUAAGAGCAGCCCGUAAAGAAAUGAUUGAAAACUGGUGCAAAUCACAAGGAAAAAGACAAAUAGGUGUUCCAACAUAUGAAGGAUCUGGCUCUCAUAUAUAUGGAGGCCAAAAAUACAGGUUUUUAGUAAUUCCAAGAUAUGGUGUAGAUAUUGGAAAAUUGUUUCUGACAAAUGGACGAAAAUUGCCUAUGAAACUUGUUAAUAAAUUAACUGUUCAGAUGCUGGAUGCACUUGAAUAUAUUCACAGUCGAGGAUAUGCUCAUGCAGAUAUUAAGGGAUCAAAUAUUUUAUUAUCUUUAUGCAAAGAAGGCGAAAAUACACAACAAUCUAAAGCAUAUUUAGUUGAUUAUGGACUAGCCUAUCGUUUUCGUACAGGAUCAGGUAUUCAUAAGCCUUUUGUUCAUGAUGAAAGAAGAGCACACGAAGGGACAUUAGAAUUUACAUCUCGAGAUGCACAUCAUGGAACUCAUUCAAGAAGGGGAGAUUUAGAAACAUUAGGAUACAAUAUAUUGCAGUGGUUGUGUGGUAGAUUACCUUGGGAAAAAGAAAAUGACACUGUACCAUCAAUGAUGGAUCCAGAUGAUGUUCAUGCACAGAAAGAAAUUUUACUUUCAAAUUUGCCAUUAUUUAUGGAUAAAUGUUUUCCUUCCAAAAAGAAACCACCACCUCCUGCCAUUGUGGAAUACAUGAAGUAUAUCACUGAAUUAGGAUUUGAAACCAAGCCUAAUUAUUCUUACCUGCGUAGUUUGUUUCAAUCUGGUUCCAAUCAGAAAAAUGAUGUUCCCACGUGUUUAUAUCGUGUAAGAGAAUCUAAUGAAAAUAUUUCUUUUCCUAUAUCUUUCAAACGACCAUAUUUGAGAGAAAGAAAACCCUGUAGACCAGUUAAUGGCGAGAUUCGUAUUACACGAAAUACACAACCUAAAUAUCCAGUAGAGAGGAAAGAAUUUUGUUGGGAGGCAGUAUUAGCAUUACAUCCUGACAAACUAGCAAAACUUACUCUGCAACCUCCACCUUCACCACUUACACCGCCACCAUCGCCACCACCUCCAUCAUUACCUACAUAUGCCAUGUUGAACGUAAUUCAGAGAAUGAAAGAAAAACAGUCCGGCUCAUUUCGACAUAAAACAUUUCCAAAAUCUUCAGAAGACCUUAAAGCGAAAUGGAUGACUCCUGCAAUGGAAGAAGUAGUUCAGUUAAGGAAAAAAACUUCAACGUUACCCAUGUCGUCGUCUAAAACGUCACCCCGUUUGACACGUUCGCGAGUGGCCCAACUGAAACGACUCGGAAAUAAAAAAUCUUACAAAAAAAAGAUGCUAACAAAAGAAGAAAAAGUUCAUCAUCAUAAAUAGGAUUGAUUUUUUAUUAUCGUUUUAGUUCUCAUUCCUCGGACAAUGAAAUCACCAGCAAGUAGUUUUCUAAUUAAAAGGUGUAUAAUUAAGUAUUAUUCUCAAUUUGUUUAUUUAGAUUUUAUAAUAAUAUACUCUUAAUGUUCCUGUAAAGAGGAAAAAUUUCUAGACAAUGUCUUGGGUGUCUAAUACACCUAUUUUUGUAAGACUGCUUUAUGAUUAUAAUUUGUUAUUGAAUUAAUAUAAGAUUUUUUAAAAACAAUUGUAUAGCGAACAAAUAAUGAUGAACAGUUGAGGUAUUAAUUAUACAAAUUACACUGCUUCCUCUUAGGAAUAUAAUUUCAAUAUAACUGAAAUGCAAUGCGAUUGUAGCCAGUAACGGAAUAUCACUGCUACUAAAAAUACAGAGCAUGUAAGUAUUUAAUAAUUCUCAUGAUGAACAUACGAUCUGAAAAUUAAACUAGAUAUACACCUAGACUGGAUUUACCAAAUGUUAAAUCUUUUCCUAAUUUUGCAAAAUAGUUAACAAAAAUUGUAAUUUAUACAAGUUAUAACAAAAUUACACUUUCUAUAUUAAAAUAAUGUAUAUACUCUAAAAAUGUUCGAAACAUUUAUUUUGUUUUACUGUCAUAAUUAUAAGUCCCAUGUUUAUGAUUCAAAUAUCAUGUUAUACUUGUACAUUAUUAAAAUAAUUCAAUAAUUAUUAAUUAGAUGACAUUUCUAGUUUUUCUGGAAAAGAAGUGUAAAAUUUGAUAUAUUAGAAAAAUGAUGUAAAUGAUUCUAUUAAUGUCACAUUAUAUAUACAAAUGUAAAACUCAUAAAUAUUGCCGACAAUAUAAAAUAAUAGUAUAUUUCGGCUCAGUAUAAUGAAAUGUAGUGAAGUAUGUGUAAAGAUAAUUACUUUCGUAAGUUAUUGAAUCAUUUUCAAUAGACCAGUAUUACAGUUAGAAGCUACUAACUGCUUAUACAUAUAUGCAAUAGCAUACGUUUGUUAUUAUAUUUACACAUUAUAAUCAAUAAGAAUGAGUGUGUAGUAUAAUUAGAAGAAAUUAUAUUUUAAUUCGUUUUUAGAUUUUAUACAUAAAAUAAUUAAAAAGCACAUAUUUAAAGGUCAGUCCCUAGACUUGUAUUUUACAACCCAUCACGUAACAUUAUCUCAUCAUAUUUUCUUAUAAUCUGGUAUAAUACAUGUAUAGAGAAAAAUUCUUUUGCUGUAAGUUUGUAAUAAUAUAUUUGUAUCUUCUUAAGUUACACGUACCUGUGCCACAAAAGCAGUGUUGUUAAAGACUUAAAAAUGUAUUGUAAUUCAAUAAAUACACAUGCAUUUGUAUUUUCUUCUAUAAUAUUAUAGUUUAUGAAAUUUUAUCAAUACAAUUAUAAUUUUCCUUCAAGCAGGUACACUUCUAUACAAUAAAUAUUAUAAGCAUUAAUUAUAUUAUGUUUUUGAUAUUCAAGCUUUCGUCUUAUUAAUCGAAGAAUGUACAUAAAUAUUAAUCAAAAAUACAUAGCAAAAAUUUAAAUAAUUGAAACAUUUGUACGAAAAUUACUAACAAAAAUCAUAAUUUCUUGACCGUUUUUCAUUAUGUAAUAAUGAGAUAAAUGAUACAAGUGCAAGUGGACAAUGCGAAAAUAACGAAAACAAUACGUAUUUAUCCAAUGCACAAUAUAGUUGAGUCCAUAUGUUAUAGCAAGUGUGUAUAAUAUUGUAUAUUUAAACGAAUAUAAUAAUGAGCAAUUAAAAAUAAUUUUAAUUCAUUACUAAACUUAGUAUUUGUGACAAUUAUAUUCUAUUAAUACAAAAAUGAGUGUCCAAUAGCUUUUUGUGCGUAUACAUAUU